AUGAUUGCGAGCGCAAUGCGAUUUGCCGCAGAUCCUUCGCCGGAGAACCUUGCGAGAGCAGACGCAUGGGCUGAUGCAGCAUUGGCCUCGGUAUCUCGUAUCUAUCAAGGCUUUGGGGGUAUCCAACUCAUGACACUAUUGCUAGCUCAGCAUUACGAUCUGAAUCGAGGGAACUUCACGUCGGCCUGGCUUCUCGGAGCUAACUGCACGAGAAUGAUGCAAAUGAUGUCCUUGCAUGUAUUCGACCGGACGUUUCCGGUGAAAUUUCCUUCUAGUCUACGACUUUCGCCCCUUCUUACUGGCGAGGCCCUUCGCCGGGUGGCAUGGAGCACUUUCUAUGCCGACACAAUGCUUGAAGCCGGCCGAUACGGGUUCCACGUUGUGGACGAAAAGUCUUAUCGUGUUCAACUUCCUUGUGAUCAGACCAGCUUUCUAAGCAAUCAGGCGAUUGUGACAGAGCCACUAUUCCACAACACUAACGUGACUGCAAAUAUCAACUCUGACGACUUUCAGCGAGCACCUCUUGAUAUGUCAGGAUACCUUCUUCGGACUGCAGCAGUACGCCGUCGUGCUUUGCAUUUUGCUUUUCGUGCCUCGCACCGGGAGCAGACAGUUGAAGAAAUGAUAUCUGAGCUCGCUAUAAUUGAGGCUGACGUAGAAGAAUUUGUCAGGGCCUUGCCAAAAACUUUUCAAUUCAACACAGACAACAUAUUCAUCCACCGCGAUCAACUAAUCACCUUUAUUCUCUUGCAUGUUCUUCGUCAUAACCUUUUCAUCAUCAUUGGAAGAGCUGCACUGCACAUCUAUCAGCGUGACCCAACUAAAGCCAAUCUUAUGACUCAAGUCCGAAGAAAAAGGAUCUCGCAUGCUCUCCCUAUCGCUGCGGUAAUCUCAGAGGGACUAAAGUCAGGCAUUCCUUUUGAUACACAUAUUGGGGUACAGGCAUACGUUGCGCUAGAGAUCCUUCUUUUUGAGCCACGCCGUAUGGUCCAGAUAGACCGAUCGAUCGAUAUAAUGGCACCAGAGAUUAUGGAGGCAAUUCCCCACCUUCUGGCAGUGAUUCGGGACCUGGGGGCUCGAUCUGAACUUGUAAAGCAGCUGCAUAUCGAGGCUGUCCACCGGCUCCUGCGAUGUGAUUGCAUGCAUCUUGUGAAUCAAGUCGACUUUACUGUUUUCCACAGUGAAUAUCGCCUGAUCGGCCAGGACGUGGCGGAGUACGAUUUCCGCGAUUUUCGCUGGGCCAAACUAGAGCGGCUACGUCGAGGCGCGAAAUUGACAACAAGUGGAAGUCGAGAUGAAGCUCUGCUCGAGUAUACAGUAGGCGGGGACGCGGCCGAAACGUCGACGGCCUCUUCACCACACCUGGACGCAAUUGACAUCAACAACACCUCAUUGUGGCCUUCUAAUGCACCAUCACUUCACACUAUGCCAUCACAUGCCCUGAAUAUGAUAGCAGAUCAGAGUGUGGAUGGAAGAGGACGUGACGUGGAUAUCUGCAACGCCAUCGCGUUUCAGGCAACGGCGCAGCAUAAGAAGAUGCAGCCACGUACACCCACGUCGACAUGUGUCGAGUCGGGUAAUUCAACACAAGCACAUGAGACACAGCCAUAG